CUGUUUCUGUAGUACACGUCAGCAUAACAGAAGCCACGCACUAAUCACGUGAAAGUAGUAAAGACGAUUUCGACUAAUUUAUCGGCGUUGUUUUCCAUUUCCUCGUUUCUUACCUCCCUUCCGAAUCGCCGAUCCACAAUUUUCUCCAGAUUCCGACCAGCCCCCGAAUUUUCCUCUGUCCACCCUCCUUUUCUUACAAGAAUCGGAUCCAGGGGGGGGAGGGGGGGUGGUUUAAAUUCCUGAUGCAUUUGCUUGCCCUUUACUGGGCUCAAAUUUGAUGCUUAUAUGCCAAGGCAGUGUGACAUCCUUUUGCUGGAUUACUCUGGUGGGCGAUAUGCCCUCCGUGUUUCUGUUCAAGAUUUUAUUGUGCAAAAUUGGUUAUGGUUCGUGGAAGAGAUGCAUGUUGGGAGCACUGUGUUCUUGUGGAUGCCACGAGACAGAAGGUUAGAUGUAAUUACUGUCAUCGGGAGUUCAGUGGAGGGGUAUACCGAAUGAAGUUUCAUUUGGCUCAAAUAAAGAACAAAGAUAUAGUACCCUGUGCAGAAGUUCCAGAUGAUGUGCGGGAUCACAUUCGUGUUAUAUUAAGCACUCCCAAGAAGCAGAAAACUCCCAAGAAACUGAGGGUGGACCGGGCAGCCAUUGCUCAACAAAAUAGCUCUUCAGCUAGUGGUGGUGCACAUCCUAACCAUGGAUCCAGUGGACAACAUGGUAGCACCGGCCCCUCUUUGUUAUUUCCACGUCCUUCACCUAGUGCACAGCCAGAAGUGGAUGAUGCUCGAAAGAAAAAGCAGGACGAUGCUGAUAAGAAAAUUGCUGUGUUCUUCUUCCACAAUUCUAUUCCCUUUAGUGCUUCUAAAUCCAUAUACUAUCAGGAAAUGGUGGAUGCUAUAGCAGAAUGCGGGGCAGGUUAUAGAGCUCCAAGUUAUGAAAAAUUGAGAUCUACCCUCCUGGAAAAAGUGAAAGAUGAUAUACAUGACUGUUACAAGAAAUACAGAGAUGAGUGGAAAGAAACAGGUUGUACAAUCUUGUGUGAUAGCUGGUCUGAUGGUAGGAACAAAUCAAUUAUUGUUAUUUCAGUCACAUGCCCAAAAGGGACGCUAUUUUUGAAGUCAGUUGAUGUAUCAGGUCAUGAAGAUGAUACUACUUAUUUGUUCGAGUUGCUUGAGUCAAUUGUCUUGGAAGUUGGUGUGGAAAAUGUUGUACAAGUAAUAACAGAUAGUGCAACCAGCUAUGUAUAUGCAGGGAAGCUUCUCAUGUCCAAAUACAACUCAUUGUUUUGGUCGCCUUGUGCUUCUUAUUGUAUUGAUAAGAUGUUGGAGGAUAUUGGUAAACAAGAGUGGAUGGGGAUGGUUUUGGAAGAGGCAAAGACCAUUACACGCUAUAUGUAUAGCCACGCAUGGACUUUGAACAUGAUGAGGAAGUUCACUGGUGGAAGUGAACUGAUCAGACCAAGAAUUAGUAGAUCUGUCGCUGAUUAUCUCUCCUUAAGGGCCAUUGUUAUUCAGGAGGACAAUCUAAAGAACAUGUUUUCACAAUCAGAAUGUCUAUCAUCCAUGCAUUGUAGACAUCCUGAGGCUCAAGCUAUCAAAUCCUUGCUGUAUCAAGAUCGCUUUUGGAAGUCUGCACAUGAAGCUGUCAGUGUGUCUGAACCUCUUAUUAAAAUUCUAAGGAUUGUUGAUGGGGACAUGCCUGCGAUGGGCUAUAUAUAUGAGGGAAUAGAGAGGGCAAAGUUUGCAAUCAAGGCAUACUAUAAGGGUAUUGAAGAAAAAUAUAUGCCAAUUUGGGAGAUCGUUGAUCGAGGAUGGAAUAAGCAGCUUCACUCCCCAUUACAGGCAGCCGCAGCAUUCCUUAAUCCUUCAAUUUUCUAUAACCCGAAUUUGAUUGAUUUGAGGAUGAGGAAUGGGUUUCAAGAAACUAUGAUAAAGAUGGCUACAACAGAUCGAGAUAAAAUAGAGAUCACUAAAGAACACCCAAUAUACAUAAAUGCACAAGGCGCUCUUGGUACAGAAUUUGCUAUUAUGGGAAGGACGCUGAAUUCCCCAGGUGAUUGGUGGGCUGGAUAUGGCUAUGAAAUCCCCACUCUGCAGAGAGUUGCAAUAAAGAUACUUAGCCAACCCUGUAGUUCCCACUGGUGCAGGUGGAAUAGGAGCACCUUUGAGAGCGUACACACCAAGAAACGUAACAGGGCGGAGCUUGAAAAAUUCAAUGAUUUGCUUUUUGCGCACUGCAAUCUUUGGUUACAAGCCAUUACCCAAAGUCAUGAUGGAAAAUGUAAACCUAUUAUCUAUGAUGAAAUAGAUGUUAGUUCAGAAUGGCCCACCGAGUUGGAACCUUCGAACCCUCUCUUGGAUGAUUCGUGGUUGGACAAUUUGCCCCUUGAUUGCGGAGGUAGUCCUUGAACUUAUGUAUAAAAGAAGAUAGCUAGCUAGAAUCAUUGAUUGUAUAAUGUUGUAUCUAGAAAACCAUACAAUAUGAAGAAUGUAGAGUUUCUUUUUACCUCAAGGUAUUUAUGUAAAAGAAUCUCUUGCUUUUGUUCUGAA